AUAAUAAGAUAUAAACCACCCUUACCAUAAUGAAAAAUAUCACUAUUUUCUGUUAGAACCGUUUCGUCUUUAUUGAAUGAUGGUGGUUUAUAUCUUAUUUUCUAUUUAUGAUAAUAUCAACACGACUGCAAUUGACAUUGCCCCCGCCACUGAGGUAGAAUACCGUCAUUUUUUGUAAUUUCAUUCUAAAUUGAAGUCAAAAUUGCCACGGAUGGCUCAACAUCGUAUAGGUAGAUUGAAAGGGCUUUAAUAAAUCCAUCAUAGAGUCUCUUUGCUGCUUAAAACUGUCGAUGAACAAAAAGUUCAGAAAUAGCAUUAAUCAAUACACUCUUGCUAUAUUCCUUUAGAGUGUCCAACAUAUUGACUUUCUUAAUAUUGAUUCGUAUUACGGUGCACAUACAUUUGAUGUUAUUAUAUUCUGUCUAUAUUUGGAUUAUUUACCGUCUUGUCGUCAACGUUUUCAGUCGUGUAUAAAUGCUUUUAAUUUAUUAACUUGUUAUGGUCUUUUAUUAAUUGUUGAACCCGAUUCUAAUCAUCAAGGAAAAUCUCAUGAACGUCUUCAGGCGUGGAAACAGUGUUUAGAAUAUUUGGGUUUCAUUCGAAUGAAAUAUGAAAAACUCGAUCAUCUACAUUUAAUGGCUUUUAGAAAAAUUCAUUUGCAUCUACCAUUGGAUUUAGAUGAAAAAUUUGAACAGAUGUCACAAUUAUUGUACAUACCACAAGAUUUUCAAAAUAAAAGAGAGAAACCCACACCGGUAGUGACAGAACGAGAAAAUAUUACAGAAUCAUUUCAAGAAUUGCCUUUUCAAUCGGAUUAA